CGUUUGGAACAGGCAGAUCUUUAUUAAAAAUUGCAGAACAACAUUUAAUACAUAAAACAAAACAAAUAAAAUGCAUUGUAAUCAAUUGUUUGUUAUGUGUCUUACUGUUAUUGUCAUUCAGACAGUAAGCAUGGAAGACCAACAACGGCAGGAAAGGGGAAUCGGUGCCAUAGCAGGCAUUGUUUUCCAGGUUGGAGGUAAGAUCAUAAGUGCGGCGGGUUUUGCCAACAAACUCUACAGUCUUAUAAACGGAGAUGAUAGCGGGCCAGAAUUUGACAAAGAUGCACUUGUUGAUGCAGUGGAUGAAAGGGUGCGGGUAGCCAUAGAAAACCUCUACUCAAAGCUCCAUCUUCGUGAUCAGCUCGCGGAGGUUGAUGAAGUGAAAUAUGACAUUUGGUCGGUCCUGACCGACCUUGAAUUUUACUUCAGGUCAAAUGAUAACGAGAAGGUCCAAUAUCUGGAUGAAUUCCUCCUACAAUCGCCGGAAAUGAUCAGCAACCUUCGUUCGUUACCCGAACGUCUUCAUCAAAGUCUGGCCGGAGCAACCAAUCCUAUCUUGGGAGCGAUAAGCACUGAGACACGAUGUAACAUGACUGCCCUUGAUACGUUCGAGCAAUUCUUUUGGGAACUCCUUAAAAAUGGAAUCUUAGCAGAAAUGACAUACAAAAAACUGAAAUACAACGUCUCGCUUGAGCUUGAGACAGAAUACUGGGACACGCAACUUGUCCGUGUUCACAGUAGCUUCCGUCAGCAAGAAGAAAGUUGCUUAAGCCAGUUCAAGACACUCGCACUGGAGGACUUGACUGAUUCACAUGAUAUGGAAACACUGUUCACCAGCAAUAGUGAACGUUACAGAUGGUUUCACAGCGAUGUCUUUUUCCUCCGAAGAGCCGAUGAAAGACUCUACACCGAAGGAUCAGACGAAAACCUCUUGCAUGUGCAAAAUCAAGGCACGAGAAAAUAUGUAUUCUUCGUUGACAAGAUGAGGAGCAAUGCUUCCAUUAAAUGCAUUACUGUGGUGUCAAAUGCCGAUCUUGAUGAUCCUUCCAUAACAAUAAGCCCAGACUCGCCUGCCAAUCCUCCCAUUGUCAUCAUUGACAUCCAGAACAACCAUCUUUAUACAGUACUCAUGUAUUCGUCGGACACGACUUGCAGAUCAUCUGAAGAAGUCAAAAGUCCCCCGAUUGCUGCGGCUCCAAAGCAUCUGUCCGGAAACCUGGCUUGGUGGGUUACAAUAACAAUUACUAUGUUUAAACUCAAUCUCUGAGUACAAUAAUAGUAAUUGGCUAGGACUUAAUAUGCACUCUAUACACAUUAUAUUGCUGUAAUUUCCAAUGUAUUGUGUCAUAAGGUGUAACUUUUAUAUUUAAUAAAAGUGUUGAAAUAUAUUUUAUCGCAUUUUAUUAAAAUACCCUCAUUCUCAAUUAUUACUCCGCCCCGUAAAUUAUCAGAUUUGGUAACUUGUACAUAUAGUGUAGUGUAGUU